CCAUGGGCACCACGGAGGCCACGCUGCGGAUGGAGAACGUGGACGUGAAGGAGGAGUGGCAAGACGAGGACUUUCCCAGACCCCUCCCGGAAGAGACAGGCAUGGACUCCCUGGGCAUCCCCACAGAAGACGAGCACACGUCCUCUCCCCCUAACACUUUGAACUUUAACGGGGUUCAUCGGAAGCGCAAGACGCUGAUAGCCCCGGAAAUCAACAUUUCCCUGGACCAGAGUGAGGGCUCCGUCCUGUCGGAUGACUUCCUGGACACGCCCGACGACCUGGACAUUAAUGUGGAUGACAUCGAAACCCCAGAUGAGACGGACUCCCUGGAGUUCUUGGGCAAUGGGAAUGAACUGGAAUGGGAAGAUGAUACCCCCGUGGCCACCGCCAAGAACAUGCCGGGGAACAGCGCAGACCUAUUUGGGGAUGGGGCGGUGGAAGACGGCAGUGCCGCCAAUGGGAGACUCUGGAGGACGGUGAUCAUCGGGGAGCAGGAACACCGCAUUGACCUGCAGAUGAUCAAACCUUACAUGAAAGUGGUGACCCACGGAGGGUACUACGGAGAAGGUCUCAAUGCCAUCAUUGUCUUUGCUGCCUGCUAUCUCCCGGACAGCAACCUCGCUGACUAUCAUUAUAUCAUGGAGAACCUCUUCUUGUACGUGAUCAGUAGCUUGGAGCUGCUGGUGGCGGAGGACUACAUGAUCGUGUACCUAAACGGAGCCACGCCCCGGAGGAGGAUGCCGGGCCUGGGCUGGCUGAAGAAAUGCUACCAGAUGAUCGACAGGAGGCUACGAAAAAACCUGAAGGCUUUGAUAAUCGUGCACCCUUCGUGGUUCAUCCGGACAGUGCUGGCUAUAUCCAGGCCUUUCAUCAGCGUGAAGUUUAUCAGUAAGAUCCAGUACGUUCACAGUCUGGAAGAGCUGGAGCAGAUGAUCCCUAUGGAGCACGUGCAGAUUCCUGACUGCCUCGUGCAGUACGAAGAAGAGAGAAUCAAAGCCAGGAAAGAAAGGGCAGAGGAGAAACAAGACCUGGCAGAGAAAGAAAGGCCUGUGCUGCCGAGGGAGGACCAGGAAACCAGCAUGUCAUGAAUGGAAAUAAUGAGGAAUGAAGGGAACCAAAGGAGGAUGCAGUCUGGCAGUCACCCACUGUAAAUGCCCUUCCUGGUAUCAGAUCUUGUCAUCGUCUCAUUCCAACUCCUAUAAGAUCAAGGCACAGAGAUGCAAAGUCCUUUAACGCUUCUGGAAACAUUUAAUUUCAAGAAAGAAUAAACCAACAGCAGCACUUUCGAGGACAAGCUCCAACCUCUGUUUCUAGGCUGGUCUGUGGGGAGAGCUAAGUUGUGCAAAUGAAUGUUUCUCUCUUAGCACAUAAAUAUCACCCAGAGUCCAUUACAGCCACCUGCCCAAAAGAAGAGGUCUAUUUUUUUUAUUUAUAAACUCCUUCCCUAACUUGCUGCUGGCCAGCACCAUGCUGUUUUGCUUUCCUUUGCACAUCAGUUUCCACAACAUAGCAAUUCCAAUGGUCAAGGACCUUCAUUAACUAACACGGGAACUAGGAAGAGCAACUUUCAUCCCUUUCAGAUGCAAGUGAAUGCUUCUUCCAGUAGACGUUGAAUGUCCACCAAGUCUUUCACCGACACAUUUCCCCCACCCCUGGCUCUUUCACCUUGAGAUGCCCUUGCUGGGCCAACUCGACAGCUAACUCACAGUGAAACUUACCUCUGAGUAAGUACAAUGAUGUUUAAUUUGUCCUAUCCCUCUUCAUAAGGCUCUCGCAGAUGAAAAACUACACUCUGAAAGAAGGCGCCUCUAUUUGGAUGCCACCUUAGUCAGAAUCCUUCUAUAAGCACUUUUUCAUGGUGUGGUUCAAAGACCGACCUAUUCUUAGGAAAGAGCCUUAUGAAGUGGAAAGUUUUUCACCCCUCUUCUUUAUAUAGACGACACUGGACAAUCAUCCACUCUUUAUACCUCCUAUUGCAAAAGCAAGCUGCUAAUUAUUGGAAAUGUUCCUACAUUCUCUUCCUGGAUGGGGAGACCUGUCUGAGCAAAGGGCAGACUGCAGCGUGACCAGCACAAACCCAGGUUGGGAAUCAUGCAAAUAUGAAGAUGGAGAAUUGUAUGGCCACUCAGGCGCUCAGCUCUGAAGUGAUGCGGACAUGAGAUCUGGACUUUAACUCACGGUUUGGGAUGCAAUGAGGAUUCUUGAACAGAGCAGAGAAGAAUUUUAACAAGCAUACAGCUGGCAAUGUUAUUUGUAAACUCGUCUGAGGCCAGGGUCAGCUUAUGCAAACAAUCUCACACAUGCACAAGGGAAAACCCCCUUAUGGAUGAGUUCUGCAGCUGAAGAAUUAUCGGAGAAUUAAAAUAGUCAAGGGACAUUUUAUUACUGGUAUCCUUGAUGGAUCUCGUGUACAGGGCCCCAACAGCCCAGCUAUUCACUACCAUGUGAAAUUAAUACCACGUCUCCCUGCAGGAGGGCAAAACCGGCAAAGCAAGAUUUUCUGAACAGCAGAAUCAGCUUUCUGUAAAAUACAAAGCUUUGCUUUUUAUUCUUUCCCAAUGGCAGAGGAGCAGAGAGUAUGCUAGCUCGCCAGGCACAUUGCAGUGUUUUUUUUAACUUUUCAUGUUCUGCAUGCUUCUCCUAUACUGGGGGCAGAAGGCUUAUAAUGGGAUGCAUGUCUCUUCAAAUUGUGUAUUUAUUUACGGAGCAGACGUAUGCAUGGAAAGAGGAGAACGCAUUAGCCAUAGAAGCAGAGGAUCCUGAUGCUCUGUCUUGCAGCCAUGUUAAAAAGUAGUAACAAUUCAUUUGCUGAGAACUCAUCUAUCUACUUGACUUCCUGGAAAUUUCACUCUUAGCCAAUUGCUAGCCAUGGAGAUGGGAUUUCUGUGUUACAAGCAAAAGAACACAGCACGUCAGUUUUUUUGGCAUUUGAGUUUAUGCUAAAUAAGACAAAAAAAAAUUCUGCACUAAAAUUUCCAAAAACUCGGCAGUCACUUAGUUUCAAGGCAAGAAGCAGUCAUCAGAAUUUCUAGACUAUGUCAAGGUUAAUCUGAUCCACAAAGCCAUCUGUGCACUCACAAACAUUGAUCCAAAACCCAUUGGAGUCCCUAAAAACACUCCCUCGGAC